CGCGUCUGUCGCUGCUGUCCCACGGCUGGGUCUGACGGCAGGAACAUCUCACCGUCUACCCCGUCGAAGCGGCGUCUUAUUGCAUCGUCGCUGCAUCUCGGGGGGACGUGUCUCUCUCUCUUAACGGUUGUGUUGGCCCGGGAGCUGUCCUUGGCUGUCCCUCACGCCGUAGGUCAUGAUUCGUGCUUUGUUCCUCCCUGGCUAACAUCCCGCUCCCAUGGGCUCAGAGACUUGGGUUCUUCCCCGCUCUCUCCUUUCCUCCCUACCCCCCUCCUUCCCCCCCUCUCCCCAACCCUGUCGGUGGUGGGGGGGGUGGCAGCAACAGGAAGCACGCGUGCGUGUGACAGGAAGCGAGCGAGCGUUUCUGGCUUGUCGCUCGGUGGACGUUCCCCAGUCCACGCUCGCAAGCGGGGAGUGAGCGAGGCGAGCGCGAGUGGUUGUGAGUGGGCGAGCGAGCGAGCGAGCAAGGCAGAGAAGUGGCAGAGAGCGAGAGAAUAUUUGCGAGCGAGCAGGUAGAAGCAAGUGAAAGCGGUGAGGCGAGCGAGCGUGAAUGGGUGAUCGAGCGAUUGACAGGCAGUGAGUGAGCGAGCGACUUGGCGAGUGGCAUUGAGCGAGGCAGUGAGCGAGCGGUGAGCGAGUGCUCGUGAGCGUGUGCGUAAAGAGGGUGGUGCUGCGAGCGUGCGAGACUAGGGGAGCGGUACUUCGCUUGUAAGGUGGCAAGUGUCGAGUGGAGGUGAGCCGUAAGUGAGCUUCCGAUUCGAGUGCUUGCGAUGCCCGUCCGCACCGCGUCUCUCCGCGUCGUCUCCCGUCGUGGCGCUCCGGCGUCGCCGCGGCAGCGGUGACGGUGUUACCAGAGAGGGAGGAGGAGAGGUGACCGCGAGGAGCCGGGCCCUGUGGCCGCCAUGUCGGUGCGCUCGCUGCACUCCGAGUCUAACAUGUCCGUGCGCUCCACCUUCUCGCUUCACGAGGACGAGGACGACGAGGACCCGCUGGUUUUUGCCGAGCCCCCGUCCAUCAAGCUGUGCUGCCAGCUGUGUUGCGGCAUCUUCAAGGACCCCAUCAUCACGACGUGCGGGCACACGUUCUGCCGCAAGUGCGCGCUGACGUCCGAGAAGUGUCCGGUGGACAACGCGAAUCUCACGGUGGUGGUGAACAACAUUGCGGUGGCCGAGCAGAUCGGGGAGCUCUUCAUUCACUGCAAGUUCGGGUGCCGCGUGGCGGCGGCGGGCGGCGGCGGGGUCGUGGGGGUCGCGGGGAAGCUGGGCUCCUCGUGGGAGGUCGACCCUCGCGGCUGUCCCUUCACCAUCCGCAUCAGCGCUCGCAAGCAACACGAGGAGAGCUGUGACUACCGCCCCGUGCACUGCCCCAACAACCCCAGCUGCCCGCCGCUGCUCAAGGUCAACCUGGCAGUGCACCUCAAGGAGUGCGAGCACAUCAAGUGUGUGCACGCCAAGUACGGGUGCCCGUUUGCUGGCAACCAGGAGGCGUUUGCUCUGCACCUGCCAUCGUGCCGCUUCGAGGGGCUCAAGGAGUUCCUGCAGCAGACGGAGGAUCGCUUCCACGAGCUGCAGCUGUCGCUCACGCAGAAGGACCAGGAGAUCGGCUUCCUGCGCAGCAUGCUGGGCAAGCUGUCGGAGCGCCUCGACCAGCACGAGAAGAGCGUCGAGCUCAAGUUCGACGUGCUCGACGAGAACCAGAGCAAGCUGAGCGAGGACCUCAUGGAGUUCCGGAGAGACACCUCCAUGCUGAGCGACGAGCUCUCGCACAUCAACGCGCGGCUCAACAUGGGGGUCCUGGGAUCAGCAUACGACCCGCAGCAGAUCUUCAAGUGCAAGGGCACGUUCGUGGGCCACCAGGGCCCCGUGUGGUGCCUGUGCGUCUACCCCACCGGAGAUCUCCUCUUCAGCGGCUCUUCCGACAAAACCAUCAAGGUGUGGGAUACGUGCACCAACUACAAGUGUCAGAAAACCCUGGAGGGGCAUGACGGCAUCGUGCUGGCGCUGUGCAUACAGGGGAACAAGCUCUACAGCGGAUCGGCAGACUGCACCAUAAUCGUGUGGGACAUCCCGACGCUGCAGAACGUGAACACGAUCCGUGCGCACGACAACCCCGUGUGCACCCUGGUGGCCUCGGCCAGCCUCCUCUUCACCGGCUCGCUCAAGGCCAUAAAGGUGUGGGACAUGGUGGGCACAGAGCUGAAGCUGAAGAAGGAGCUGACGGGCCUGAACCACUGGGUGCGGGCGCUGGUGGCCUCGCAGCACUACCUCUACAGUGGCUCCUACCAGACCAUCAAGAUCUGGGACAUGCGCUCGCUGGAGUGCGUGCACGUCCUGCAGACGUCCGGGGGCAGCGUCUACUCCAUCGCCGUUACAAACCACCACAUCGUGUGCGGCACCUACGAGAACCUCAUACACGUGUGGGACAUUGAGUCGAAGGAGCAGGUGCGCACGCUGACGGGGCACGUGGGCACUGUGUACGCCCUUGCCGUCAUCUCCACGCCCGACCAGACCAAAGUGUUCAGUGCCUCCUACGAUCGCUCACUCCGGGUGUGGAGCAUGGACAACAUGAUCUGCACGCAGACGCUGCUGCGCCACCAGGGCAGCGUGACGGCGCUCGCCGUCUCGCGCGGGCGCCUCUUCUCGGGCGCCGUCGACAGCACCGUCAAGGUUUGGACAUCGUAACGGCUCCAUCGCGCAGAGCACCGGAUCCACGGCGGGCACCACCACGCCUCUGCUCACCGGUCCCCCCACCUCCCUGCAACUCGCGUUAAACCCUUGGGGGGUCAGGGCCCCCCCCCGUCGCCCCCCCCCCACCUCACGGGAAACCCACGGUCGUGUCUGGGCGACGGGGGAACGACGUUGACGCAGCUUGCCCCAGGGCGUGCCAGCGGUCAAACCUCUUGAACCGGUGCGGCGGCGGCGGCGUUUUCCGCACAAAUUCACUUGCCACUGGGGGAGCCGAACGUGGGCGCCAUCCUCCAGCGACUCUCCAUCACCGGUGCAGCUGGCAGCGCCCGUCCCCCUGCACGGCGACGGGACCGCCGCUCUGCGGGGCCGACACGUCCGGCACCGGUGACCUUCACCGACCGACAGUGCGCUCCGACGCUCGGAGACGCGCGCACGGCCAGCGCUCAGGCCGGCGGCGUGGGCGAUCGCCGCCGAGUGGAUUGUGGCGGAGCGGCAGAGGGGCAGGGGAAUGGAACCUGCUUCCCCCCCUGCUCCUGCCGAGGAAGAGACCACGGUGGGAAGGACAACCCCUGCGGAGGCAGCGGGCGGACGCGCACG